UGUGCAACAGAAUGUUCAAUGCAUUUCACCAAAAAGCUUUCUUCCUCUUGAAGUUGGUUGCUCUCUUGUCCUCUACUGAUGCACCCCAAUUAACAUUACUAAACAUCUCAACUUUACCAUGUGAACAACUAAAUUGAGCUUUGAGUAUACAUAGCAAUUUAGUGGCACAAGUCACUUUACCAUAAGAAUUAACCCAAACAAUAGAAUUAUUGGCACUAAGAGAGCAAAAUAUUGGAUUUUCUGUUUGAGCAUUUGGACUCUAGCAAUAUUUGACUCAAACCUUUUGGCUUUUUCUAAUAUUGGUCAUUUUCCAUUCACAAACUACAGGUCUUGUAUAAUACUUACAUUAGCAAGAAUAAAAGGUUGGUGUUUCCAAAAGGACACUAAAAAACUUUGUAGUCAAUUCAUGUUUCCAAAUUUCCACCAUCACAAAAAUAAAUGUCUCCUAUAUAUAUCCACAUUCAAAGGGGGAUUAAGUGAAAUCAUAGCUUUCUAAUACCUGAGAGGGAGUUCAAGAAUGGCUGAGAUAUCAGAUAUCAGUCAUGCAACAGCUUUAGAAAUCAAAGAUGAUAAUGUGCAUCAUAUUCUUUCUUGUCCAUGUUUGGCAUCCAAGAAACUUGAUGAAACUAUAAGCUUCACUCAAAAGGUAAACUCACUCUUCCAGUUCUUUGAUGCUACAUAUAACUAGUUCUCAAUCUACUAAAGGAUUUUACAAGUUGAAAAUUGAAGAUAUCUCAUUCACAUUACAUCAACUUGUCUGAGUUGCAGAUAAUGGCAUAAAUAACUCUACACAAGUACCCUUCACUUUCUAAAAAGUGGUUUAGUGUAACACUGUUAGGUGUAUGAAUGAAGUUUCACAUUAAAAAUUGAUAAGAAAAACAAGCUAAGACACAUAUAUGGUAGUGGUACUUUUAAUGGUGUGAAGCAUUAUGGGAAAGCUCACUUAGCUUAAAGAAGAUAAUCUCACAACAUAUUGUAAACACCUUGAACUGGCAAAACGCCACAAGCACCUAAUGUAACACUGAGAGUCACAAGGCAAACUAGUUGUCCAUAUAACAUAACAUGCAAUUAUAAUACAGAAAAUGGAGCAAGUUGAUGAGUAAUCUUGUGUUUUCAAUGCAGUUAGUGGCAGAGCUUUUAGGCACCUACUUAUCGAUGUUUGCUGGUUUUGCUGCCAUGGUGGUAAACAAAAAGAUUAUGAUGGUUAUGAUCUACACUGUUGGGCCUGUUUCUGGUGCCCAUUUUAACCCUGCUGUCACCGUUGCUUUUGCUUCAUGUAAGAGGGUAGCAUGGAGACAUGUGCCAGCAUAUAUGUUAGCACAAGUCGUGGGAGCAACUCUAGCAACUGUCACAGUGAGAUUAAUGUUCAAGGAAGAGCAACUUCAGUUUCUGAGAACAAUUCCAGCUGGCUCAGAUUUGCAGUCUCUUGGAUUAGAAUUCUUGAUCACUUCCUACCUCAUGUUUGCUGUUGCAGGCACCGCAAUGGAUAAACGAGCUGUUGGAGAACUCAAUGGACAUGUUAUUGGAGCUGUAAUCACAAUUAACUCUAUCCUUGCUGGGCCUAUUUCAGGGGGAUCAAUUCAUCCAGCAAGAAGUUUGGGACCAGCAAUUUUAUCAAAUUGUUACAAGAAACAAUGGAUAUACAUUUUGGGUCCUACAGCAGGAGCUACAACUGGUAUCUGGUUUUACAAUGCCAUGAAGUCUGUUAAGUCCUAUAAUGAAGUCACUAAGUUUCUUCCCUUUCUCCGAAGAUUAGCCCAAAACAAAGUUUAA